CCUAACAAAUUUCUGAAAUACCAUAUGCAAUUUUCUCCAUCGGCGAAAACCUAAAUCUAGGGUUUGCUUUGGAUUCUUCAGUCGGAGACAUACAACUUUGUUUAUUUGGGUUUUCAUUCCGAUCGAUCGGUACACUCUUAUUAGGAUCUUGAUUCUUUUGACCGUCUCAAUUUUUCGCGUCCUCCGGAGAAAAAAAAAGUUAAUUUCUGUUUGCGAUCUUUGAUUACCGAAGGAAGGAAGAUGUCUCGGUGUUUUCCGUUCCCACCACCUGGUUAUUCUGCAAAGAUUUCUAUCAACGAGACCUUGAUCGAAUCGAUUAAGCUCCAGAGAGAAACAGAGAAGGCCAAAGCUGAAAGGAAGAAGGAAAGGAGAAGAGAGAAGAAAGAUAAAAGAAAGGAAAAAAAAGAAAGCGACAAGUCAUUAAAUGCGGCUGUUGAUGAGAAGGGAAGGGAUGAUAAAUGCGAGACAAAAAAGAGAAAGCGCAGUGAAGAAAAGGUCAGAAAAAGCGGCGAUAAAAAAAGGCGUCGAGAAGACAAAUCUCCGAAACAACAAAGUGAGAAGAAAACUCAUGCAGAAGAGAAACCGAAACUUGAUGAAGAGAAAAAGAGAGGAGUAAAUACAAACGAAUUAUUGGAGAAGAGUGAUCUUACUCAGGAGCAUGAGCAACCCCUUUAUUCACAGAACACAUACUGUUUGUCAGACAGUUCAGAGAACAGCAACCAAAGAAAACUGCAGCAAGCAACUACAUUACAUGAAAAUGCUGUCAAUGCUCAAGGAAAGCAACUGAUUAGAAUUCGACUACCCUCUUUAAAGAACCAACCUGUAGCUGUGUCGUUAUCAACAAGUAAAGAUGAACAACCCUGCUCAACUUCUGGUAGAGCAGAUUCUGAAACUGGUGAUGGAUAUGAUAAGUUGUUGCCCAAAAAUGAGGAAAAAAUAAGUUCCGAUGCCCCUUCAGGGAUAAAGGGGGUUAUUUCUAAUCUGAAUCUGAAGCAGACUGCUCAUGUUGUGCCUUGUUCAUCUUCUUCAUUUGAGAAGAAGAUGAAAAAGGUAGAAUUGGUUUCUAAUCCGAAUCUGAAGCAGACUGCUCAUGUUGUGCCUUGUUCAUCUUCUUCAUUUGAGAAGAAGAUGAAAAAGGUAGAAUUGGUUUCUAAUUUGAAUCUGAAGCAGACUGCUCAUGUAGUGCCUUCUUCUUCUUCUUCAUUUGAGAAGAAGAUGAAAAAGGUAGAAUUGGUUUACAAAGCUUUAGUAGAGAAUUUGGGGCCAUCACUAAAUGAAGAGAUGCCAGAUACAAAUGAUGAGUUUGAUUGGCUAUUUAAGAGAAGUGAAAGGUGUUGUAAACCUGUUGCUGCUGCAAAUGAUAAUAGUGGUGGAGAUGAGAGAUCUUCUACUAUGUGGCCUAGAGCACAUUAUCUUGCUGAAGCUGAUGUUUAUUUGAUGCCAUUCACUAUUCCCUUUUAAUAGUGAGUGAGUGAGAAAGAGUAUAUUCCAGUUUUGUUUAGUUGUUAGGUAGUUGGCAGGUUUAUGGUGCUAUUGCCAUGCAUUCUGGUUUCAUUUGCUUACAUUCAAAACUAAAGGCUGUUUUUUUGCUUCUUUAUGUAUUGUAUGUCGUUUGAUACUCUGAUGUAUGACAUUUUUACCAACAAAGUUGGGCAGGCUAAAUGAGUUCUUUUAUACUACGACAUUUUA